AGCCGCUUUCGUUUUCGAUCGUGGCUGGCACACGGGGUGCUUGUGGAUUUGGUGUGCGAUGGCGGCCAUGGCCACUGAAGCAGGUGUGGCAGCCGCUUCCACGGCUGCGGUGGGUUUCGGCCUCUUCAACUACAAUCGUGCCAACUACCUCUACGAUGCCGAGUUUCGAUACGAGAGGUUCACACAAGGCCGAGAGUACGCCUGCGACCAGCAGAAUCAGUACCGAAAUGACUUGAGAACUCUUUCUGCACUGACCAUGGUGAAGAACAACCAGUAUGCGGGUCUGGCCGCCUUGGAUAUGGCCUUGUGCGUUGCCUUGUACUGUGCUGGUCGUUUGGGUCUCCACGGUCCUUCUCCGCCGGGUUGGAUCAUGGGGCUUUGGCUCACGAACAAUGCUGCCUCCUUCAGCUUCAUGGGACUUGCAAUCUUCAUGGCCCUUCAUGCAUCUUUCAGGGCUCAGGCUGCAUCUGUCAACCUCCUCACCCGCAAGAUCAGGGUGCCUGUGCCGUCAAUGAGGCAGCUCGACAAGGCACGACGCUUCAGUUCCGAGUUUGAGCAACAGCAGUGGAGUGACAUCUUUCGUGUGCCUUAUAUUUCAAACCCUGGUGUGCCAAAGACUGAUGAGACGUCCAGUAAGGUUUCGGGCAGCCGAGCACGCUCUGCUUCGCCAGGCCGCCGACCCCAGGCAGCGAAGGCCUCCAGCUGGAUCCGAGAGGAGUUUGACACAGAUCGUGCUGGUACAGUGACGGGAACCGUGCAGCCUGGUGCUCUAUUGCCGGCGGAUGCAGCACCUGAGCACUUCCGAUUGUAUGCUGCAGUGCAAAAGGAAUGGUUCCAGUACGACAUCUAUGCACGCGUUUGCAUGCUCCUGGGCUUUUCUUCCUUCGUUCAGUCCUUGUCCUUCUAUGCCAACGGACACAUUGUGGUGGAACUGCGUGGCUUCUAUGUGGCCCACGCCACAGCGUUUGUACUGGAGGUGCUCCAUGUUUUGCUUCUUCGCUUUGACAUCAUCCAGGGACGUGUCAAGUCUACUGAUCGAACUCCUGCUUGGUUCCUUUGGCUGGGUCCCGCAGCCGUACUCUUUGCAACCGUUGGUAUGUCCUUGGACUUUCACGUUCACUUCAGCUUCGUUGUCGUGAUCUUUACAUGGAUUUGCAUCUUCGCGGCCUACAUUUGCCAGUUCUGCUACCAGCUUCGCAUCCUUGAAGUGAUUUUGCCGGAUGACAUCCGCAAUCCUCUGAAGAUGGAAGAGUCGAUUGGUGAUGCUUGGUGGCCUUCCGCGUGGCGCUGCCCCUCUGCUUUUGCGCACGUGCUGUAUUUUGUGGCGCCCCCUGCCCGGCUGCAGCCGGGUCAGUUCGACUUGAUGCGCGAGGUGAAGGAAGGGCCACAGGGCAACGCCUUCGAGACAGCGGGUGUCCCUCUGAUGGAGACCAAACCUGCGGACACGAGCGAAGCAAACCCAGGCAUGUCAGCAGAGGAAAUUGCUAUGCAGGUGCAAUACUUGGACCGUCUUUUUGACUACUUCCAGUCAGAUCAGGUCGACGCAACUCUGUCUGAGACCAACAAGGAGCGUGUGAAGGAACUUUACGGCGAGUUUGCAAAUGCCCGACGCAAGGGCAGCGGUCCUGAGGCCAUGCGGGUGUUCCAGGACAGCCUGAUGGCACUGGAAGGUAUCAUGGCGGCUGAGGGCAUGCGCCACGAGGGAGAACCCAGCACUACGGAUGCCGGCUACACUUCUGCAAGCCAAGCCAGUUCUGGCAGUUCCGGCAGUGAUGGUGAGGAAGGAAAAGGUGAAUACUCCUGGGAUGGCCGACGCUUGUGGAAGACUGAAACUGCUGUUCGCCUCUUCUCAAAGAAAGGCAACUUGGAGCCUUGGCAGUUGAUCAACAUCGUGCAACUUGUGAUUUGCUUUACUUGGUUCUUCCUGAUCCUUUGCAUGGUCUUGGACGUCUUCAUCGGAGACCAGGGCCUUGUCACAGCUCCCCACUGGUCGCGUCCUCCGAUGUCACGACUCUCAUUUGAGCCUCACGAGCUCGGAACUCCCUUGGGCUUCCCAUGGUAUGCAGGCGCAAAGCCAUGGCUGCCAGAGCAGAUGGCCUGGCACGAGGAGAAGCGCGAGGCCAGCAGCGGCUUCAUCAGUCCUCCACAUUCAGGAGAUCACGAGGGUGGUGGUGGACACUCCGGCUUGCACUUCAGUCGUGAGGGUGUCCGACGGCUCUCAGGUGUCGCAUCUCCUGCUCGCUUGGCCCUGCAAGACCUGCUUGACUUCAUGCCAGGUUCGCAGCCAGCAAUGGAGACACCGAAGCCCAUCAGCUGGCCAAGCUUUUUCGAACCACGAGUGCUUGCCUGUGGUCCUCGAGGUAUUGCCACCUUGACUCCACGUGGCGUCGGAGCAUUGAUUCACCAAAACAAUGCUCAGCGCUUUCACCUGGCAGGGCUCACUCAUUUGCCGCCGCUGCUUUCUGCGGCCUUCCAUCCUCAUGCAAAGGAGCUCAUGGUAAUCACACGCCAAGGUCAUAUGGCCUCAUGCCCAGAGCCUUUCGGAGUGUCUCACUGUGCGGCCCAUCAGGGUUUGCCAGUGCCACCGGGCACACGCCUGGUGGCAGCAGCUGCAGGUUGGCUGCGCCCUCAUGAGUCAGCCGAAGCACAUCUUCAUGUGGCCUUCAUCGAUGAGGCCAUGCCCGAGAUGGUGGCGAUCUUUAAACACAAGAAGGCGGAGGGCGUCUGGCAUCCUCUGGGUGAGUUGCCAGUGCCAGAAGAGGUGCACGAAGGAAACCCCAAGGUGUCACUGUCCUUCAACGGUGGGGAGCUCCUUCUGAGCACUGGCACUGGACUUGUGCAGAGCCGCCGGCUGCAGGAUGGCGUUUUGCUCCACUCUUCCCUGCACAAGUGGGGCCGUGCCUCCUCAGUGGCACAGUGGCAGGGCGCAUGCCCCAUGGGCGGAGGCUUGGUCCACCUUCGCUUGCGCAAGACGGGUGAGGCUUGGACACCUGAACUUCUCAUGAACCAAGACGAGAGCAAGUCUCGCCCUGCGAUUUUUCAGUGAAAGGUUUACGGUCUCACGACCGUGAAAGCAAGAGAAUGAUCUAAUGGCAGUGGGUAUUGUCCUC